CGGCGGGGCGGGGCGGGGCGCGCGGUGGCCCGGCCUGUCUGGAGCUCCGCGGCGGCAGGAGCGGCAAGGCGCAGGCACCGGCCCGGAGAGCGGCACCAUGAGCGGAAAAAGCAUUAAGAAUGAAAGCCUUCUUUUGGAAAGAUUGUAAUUGAGGCAGAAAAAGUGGUUGCUGAGGAUGGCAGGGGAAGUCCAAGGAUCACAGAACAAUGACAUGAAAAGACAGUUUCUGCUGGAGCGACUGCUGGAUGCCGUGAAACAGUGCCAGAUCCGCUUCGGAGGGAGAAAGGAAAUCGCCUCGGAUUCUGACAGCAGGGUGACCUGUCUGUGCGCCCAGUUUGAGGCCGUCCUACAGCAUGGCUUGAAGAGGAGUCGUGGAUUAGCACUAACAGCAGCUGCGAUCAAACAGGCAGCCGGCUUCUCCAGCAAAACGGAAACAGAGCCCGUGUUCUGGUUCUACGUGAAGGAGGUCCUCAGCAAGCACGAGCUGCAGCGCUUCUACUCCCUGCGCCACAUCGCCUCGGACGUGGGCCGCGGCCGGGCCUGGCUGCGUUGCGCCCUCAACGAACACUCGCUGGAGCGCUACCUGCACAUGCUCCUGGCCGACCGCAGCAGGCUCAGCACUUUUUAUGAAGACUGGUCUUUUGUGAUGGACGAAGAAAGGUCUAGCAUGCUUCCUACCAUGGCAGCUGGUCUGAACUCCAUCCUCUUCGCGAUCAACAUUGACAACAAGGAUUUAAAUGGGCAGAGCAAGUUUGCUCCUACUGUCUCGGACCUCUUAAAGGAGUCAACGCAGAAUGUGACUUCCUUGCUGAAGGAGUCCACGCAAGGAGUGAGCAGCCUUUUCCGGGAGAUCACGGCGUCCUCUGCUGUCUCCAUCCUCAUCAAACCUGAGCAGGAGACCGACCCCCUGCCCGUCAUGUCCAAGCACGUCAGUGCAGAUGCCAAAUGUAAAAAGGAACGGAAGAAGAAAAAGAAGGUGACCAAUAUUAUCUCAUUUGAUGAUGAAGAAGAUGAGCAGACCUCUGGUGAUGUUUUUAAAAAGAUACCUGGGACCGGGGAGAGCUCGGAGGAGAACUCUGACCGCUCCUCUGUCAAUAUCAUGGCCUUUGAAAGCCCCUUUGGACCUAAUUCCAUUGGAAGCCAGAGCAGCAACUCAUGGAAAAUUGAUUCUCUGUCUUUGAAUGGGGAGUUUGGGUACCAGAAGCUUGAUGUGAAAAGCAUCGACGAUGAAGAUGUGGAUGAAAAUGAGGAUGACGUGUACACGUCGGGAAGGAAGCGCACGGGCCACUCAGAGUCGCCUGAGAAGCCACUGGACGGGAACACCUGCCUCUCCCAGAUGCAGAGCUGGGCUCCUCUGCAGGUGCUGCACGGCGACACCGAUGUCCUCUUUCCGGUCAGUGGAGUGGGCUCCUUCAGCCCUGCAGAUGCCCCCCUCGGAAGCCUGGAGAACGGGACAGGACCCGAGGAUCACGCUCUCCCGGAGCCCGGACCUCGGUACAACGUGGAAGCCAGUCCUCCAGGCCAAGGAAGUCCUCUGAGCAGCUUGUUACCUCCUGCCUCGGUGCCAGAGUCGAUGACAAUUAGUGAACUGCGACAAGCCAUCGUGGCCAUGAUGAACCGGAAGGAUGAGCUGGAGGAAGAGAACAGAUCACUGCGGAGCCUGCUGGACGGUGAGAUGGAGCACUCGGCUGUCCUCCGGCAAGAGGUCGACACCUUGAAGAAGAAGGUGGCUGAGCAGGAGGAGCGGCACGUCAUGAAGAUCCAGGCCUUGGCAAGGGAAAAUGAGGUGCUCAAAGUCCAGCUGAAGAAGUAUGUGGGAGCUGUCCAGAUGCUGAAAAGAGAAGGUCAAACAGCUGAAGUGGUGCCCAACCUUUGGAAUGUCGAUGGAGAAGUCACUGUUGCCGAGCAGAAGCCGGGAGAAGUUGCUGAGGAACUAGCGAGCUCCUAUGAAAGAAAGCUCAUCGAGGUGGCGGAGAUGCACGGAGAGCUGAUCGAGUUCAACGAGCGCCUGCACCGGGCCCUGGUGGCCAAGGAAGCCCUCGUGUCCCAGAUGAGGCAGGAGCUCAUCGACCUCCGGGGACCGGUGCCUGGAGAUCUGAGUCAAACAUCGGAAGAUCAGAGUUUGUCAGAUUUCGAAAUAUCAAACCGGGCGCUGAUCAACGUCUGGAUCCCAUCCGUGUUUCUCCGGGGCAAAGCAGCGAACGCAUUCCAUGUGUAUCAGGUCUACAUCCGGAUAAAAGAUGAUGAGUGGAAUGUCUAUCGGCGGUACACAGAGUUUAGGAGUCUGCACCACAAGUUACAGAACAAAUACCCACAAGUGAGAGCCUACAACUUCCCACCCAAAAAGGCCAUUGGAAACAAGGACGCCAAGUUCGUGGAGGAGCGGAGGAAGCAGCUGCAGAGCUACCUGCGCAGCGUCAUGAACAAAGUCAUCCAGGCCGUCCCCGAGUUUGCCGCCAGCCCCAAGAAGGAGACCCUGGUUCAGCUGAUGCCCUUCUUCGUCGACGCCGCCCCUCCCGGAGAGCCACUGAGCAAGAGCAGCCGGCCCAGGGUGGCCUCCCGCUUCCCCAAGCUGUCCCGCAGCCACCCCAGGGAGACGCGCAACGUGGAGCCCCAGAGCGGCGACCUCUGACCUCCAUGGACUCCCAGACUCAGCCUCCGUGCUGCGCUGCUGCCUCCCCGGCCACCUGCCCCCAGUCCGGCCACGGCAGCCGGACCUGCCACCUGGAGUGACAGCCACACGCACCGGUGAACCUGAGAGCACACCUUCCACCGGUCACAUGGCACCGAUUAAACUGGUCAGACGUGGACACGUGGGCACCACUCUCCCGGGUCUGCCCGAGCAGCCAGGCUUCCUCCUCUCCCUCCAGCCCAGGGGCCGGCGGAGGGCCAGGUGGGCAUGGGGCCUCUGGUUCCCUCAGAAACGGCCUCUUGGCUUUUCCCACUGGGAGCUGGAAUGACUGUUACAGUCUUUCUCUUUUUCCUGCAACUGCCUGCUGCAGCCUGCGGCCCAGCGGGGGCGGUUUCCUUGCCGUUUCACUCCCCACCAGUAGCCAUUAGACACGACCCCUUGUUAGCGCCCCAUGGCCAGCCUCAGCUCUGCGGCUUCUCCCCCAGGAGACCCCGGGGCCUGUGUGAGAAGGAGCCCAUCGGCGAUGCUGAACUGUGGUUCCCGGGUGACGCCUGGCUUCUGGGAGGAGCGGCCCCCAGGAAGCCCAAGGCCCCUGAUCCGCAGGCACCUUGUAAGGUUUGGGGGACCUCCCCCAGCCAGCCAUCGGUGGCACCAUGGUGCCCCCACGGUGGAGCGCCCUGGGCUGCCCAGGAAUCGGUGGCCUCGCCUUCCCAGCCGAGAGGCCUUGGGCUGUGAGAGACUUGGUUCUGCAGAGGCUCUUAGGCCCUCGGCCUGCAGACCUGGCCCCCAAGUUCGUGGGCCACCGCAUGGCUCGCUGUGAACUGGGGCGCAUGUCCACCUUGAACAGAUCAUGGUCAUUCCCUAAGACAGACUGGAGGGCACCAGGCCCCUGGACUGAUAAAAUGAGAGCGUGGCCUCCCCCUGGCUCCCCCCAGCAUUCCAAGUCAGACCCUCCCGGGCCAGGGCCGCCGGCUGUGCAGAAUCAUGGACUUGCCUCUCCCCUGGGCGCAAGCACUGUGAGGAGGAGGCUGCAUUUCUGGGAGACACUAGAAAGCAGGUGCGAGGUUGUUUGUAAAGAGACUGCGCGGGGAUGAGUGAAACCUGAGGACAGAUCCGUAGGGAACUGGAUGACGAACCUGUGAAGGACAGUCAGUGGAGCUCACCACCUACGCGUCCCGGAGCCCUCAGCUCCACUCAGACCUCGGGGGCCCCAGGCGGGCUGUCUCUGGGAGGAAACCCUGUGCAGGGUAGUAAAGGUACCCGUGGACAGGAGAGCCGCCUCCUGUGUACAGCUGAGGUGCAGCUGCACAGCCCGCAGAGCUAUAGGCCGGAUCCCUUCUGGGGACAGCCAGGUGGGCCGAGGGCCUGUUCUCAGGGCGGCAGGAGUGAGUGGCAGGGGACCCUGCGGUCAGUCCAGGGUCAACCUCCUUCGUUUUAACUCCCAGCCCCACUGCACCCCGGCCCCUGCGGCUGCUCUGGACAGAGCCGCCCUCCGAAAUGGGCAGGUGCCCCACUCCAGCUGCCCCGCGCCACACGCCAUCUGCUCCACCUCCGUCGCCAUGACGGAGCCGAGAGACCUUCCAGCAUUGCCGUCUGGACAGCGGAGCCCGCUCCCCGACGUCUCUCCUUCUGGUCGUGUCAGCACCCACCUCAGCGGCCCCACCCGGCACCUGCCCCGAAACACGUCCGCAUGCGAUCCUCCAGGACCCUGCUCCCACCGCCAGGCGGACAGGUGCUCAGCCUGUACUCAAACAGGAGAAACCCUGCCUCCCAUCUUCCGAAGCUGACUUUUUCAUGGAAAACUCGCCCUGCUCUCCCACUGGUUGUAAAAGCACAUUCCUAGGGCCACACAGGAACUUCGCUGCUUGCUCGUUAUACCGUUUUGUGAUCAUGCAGAAACCCUGGAAUCACCUUUAACGUACAGACACCCCGAAUUUUAGCUCAGAUAUGCAUGUGACAUGCACAUUACAGCAACUCCUCAGAGCCUUAACUUUGGAAACAGACUGUUCUGCAGUGAUUUAGUCCACUCAGCUGCUGUGCAUGUGGAAGGAGGGACUUCCCUGUUCCCAGAGCAGGAAGACAGACCCCGGACCCAGCCAGGUGCACAGAUGCCAGCCCCUCGGGACUUUCCCCUGCCCUUCAACCUGGAUCCACUUCCGAGGGCAGGCUGCCGACCUCCCUGCGCACCCCCCCCAGCCCGCACCCCCCCCAGCCCACACCCCCCAGCCCGUGACCAUCCGCAGAAAGGACGGCCCGCAGUCGACCUGCAGUCGGCUGGGCAUGGCUGCUCCAGCUCAGCACCCAUCCCCGGCACACGGCUCCGUGAGGGACAGGCAGUCCCUUGCAGUGCGCCUAGCCGCAGUUAGAACAGCCAGCAUUUGUCCAGUCGGGCCCUGGGGGAGGAGGUGGCUCUCCCGUCCACAGUGGCACCUUUAAUACCCAACAGCUAGGCACACUGGGGUCGCCUGGUUACAGACGGGGUCACCUGACUGAGGAGUGAAGACAAGAUACCAUUGUGUGAAAUCUAGCAGGAGGCGCCAGCGGCGGGAGGGGGGGGUGUGGGCGCGCCUAAUCAUAGCGCUGGGCUCUGCCCCAGCUGGGAGCAUAUUAAGAUGAGCCCUUUGAUAACCACUGGAAUUUACCAGGGUGGCAGGUUGUGUGUUGUGCCUGUAACAAAACAGAGGCAAUCAAAGCUGUUCACGUCAUAGGAUCGAUAACACCACUGUUACCAGUGGGCGAGGCAGCAGGCCCGGGAGGCCCAGUAGUGAGUCCCCAGGUUUGGAGCCAGCACACCGCCCGCCAGCCAGGUGACGAGACGCAGCACUGCCGGCUUCCAGCACCAGCGUGGCCUCCUUUUUCUCUGGGUAUCACAUGGGACAGGUUGCCCACCUGAGUACCGGGUCCCAGGUCCCAGGCCUCAGCCCACCCCACCUGCUUGUGGUGGCAGCCCAGAGGUGCUGGCCACCCCUCACCUGGGGCCAGGCUGUUUUCUGGGUCCCAGCAGGGCCUUCUAACCAGUCCCUCCAGAGUCCUUCCUUCCUCCCUCUUGGUACCUCUGCACCAGCCUCAGCAUCUGUCCACCGGUUGGCACUUACAACUUGGCAGGCGUGUAACUGACUAAAGAACAGGCUGGCUUUCAGCCUCGCCCUGAGGAUGGGUGGGCCCACCUGCCUGAGAAGGGCCCUGCCAGCGGCCACACCUGCAGGACAUCAGCCUGGCUAAGGUACCUCCUAGCCGGGCACACCGCCUGUCUGGACCUCUCCCUGGCGGUUCCCUCGGGACGUGGUGCACAAUGGACGGCGCCCCAGCCUGCAGGCGGGCCUGGUAGAGGGCCCUUCCCUGGGCAGCGUCUGCCUCUGAGCAAGGGGUUUGCAGCGAUCAUGUUUCAAAUAUUGUGCAUUGUUUCAUUAAAGCUAACCUUAAGUAUUUGCUGUUCAGAUUAGCUUCUGUGCUAUUUUUGCACAAUUGUAGCACUGUAUAUUUUAUCUCAGAUUUCCGUGCCAAAAGUUCGUUUUCAUGUUUCUGUAGCACGCGGUCUUAAUUAUGUUUCUAAGCUAAAACAUCAGCUCCAGGAUCGACAGGCACAAGGCUGGAGGCCGACGAGCCCGAGCUCUGAGCGAACCCCCUGCUCAGCCCGCAGGCCCUGGAGUGGCCUCCGUGGUCCGUCUCCUGACUUCUCACCGUUUCCGCCAGAACACUGCCAGUGGAUGCUCCUGGCUUCAGUCACGGAGCCCUAAGACCAUGUUGAGUGGCUUCCCGACCGACCCAGUCAGCUUCUUUAGGAAAAAAUCUGAUUUCUCUAAACGAUGGCGCCUGGACGACCGUCCACGGUAGAGCAUGCUGGAGUCAUUAGCAUUUCAAUGUCCAGGGGUCAGUUCUUACCGGCCCGUGAACAUCUUCCCGUCAAAACUGGGAAACCACUAGCUGACCUGUCCAGGCUGCCACCUGCCCAUGAGGCCUCUCAGGUGAGCUGUGGAGGGAGAGGCCACUCGCUCACCCUCACAACUGUUUCCACCCGGAGGCCAGACAGGAGCUGCCCUUGCGAAGUCCGGGGCUGGGGACGCGGGAGAGCAGCCUGCUGACCACUCCGAGCUGGCCCUGGGGCGGUUUCUAGGGGUGAGGGGCGGGGCUGACGAGGGUUUCUAUUAUCUGGAUUCAUCCUGACCGUCUUCACCUCUGCAGCCUUAGCUCCGCCCCCUGCACAGCUGCUCAGUAAGCGUGGCUUGACUCAUCAGAUACUGACCUCGGGAGGAGGGGCUGUGGGUGCAGGGGCCACUGUGGGAGGCCUCAGCCUGGGUCCCAGGGACGCUGUCGGGGGUAAUACGGCAACGACGUGGAGUCUGGGCUACUAUCUGUGCCCAGGCCUGGGCGCGGGCGGGUUCGCUCUGAAACAUGUAGUAUUAUCGUAACUACCCUGUUAUGUUAAGGUUUACAUGAUAGAAUUUUUAAACAAAUGUGUUUAAUUUUCUAAACUCUCUUGUAUUAAAAUUUUCUUUUGGAACAAGCUGUGGUAAUUUUGUUACAAUCCGGUGGAGAUACACCUCUUUGCAAUGGCCAAUAAAAACGGUGACAUUUUAUACAUGAA